AGCCACAGAGCACAGAAGAGUACAGAUACAUCAGUCUGAGGAAGCAGUCGUCCUUCAGAAGGGAACUGCCCCAAAGCAUGACCGUCUGUCACUGGGGAGGGUCAGAGAAACGCAUUCCUGCAACUCUCAUGAACAGUUUGUCAUCCCCCUCGUAGGUCCACCUGCGGCCCUGAACACACCCAUCUGCCAGCUCAGAUAACCCUCAGGCUGUUUGCAACACAUGUUUGAUGUGAUUGGUUGUGACCGCCACGCUUUGCUAAGCAGCCCCACUCUACAUCAUGCAGUGGCGUCGGCGACACUGCUGCCCCAUCAAGAUGACCUGGAAUGUCAAGCGGUCACUCUUCCGCACACAUGUAGCAGGCCUUCUCUCGCUGGCCUCACUCUUUGCCCUCUUUCUCAUCUACUGUCACCAGGAUUUGCUGCAGGGCCGGAGUUGGUUGCGAGACAACCCCUUGGUUUACACCAUGCGGGGUUUGCGCCCCCACAAGGAGCGUGCGAAGGGAAACCAAAGCUCACUGCGAAGCCUCUGGAAAGACAAUGGUUAUGUGCUCCCCAAACCGUCUGUUAACUUAAAUUUCAGUUCUCACCAGGCUGAGAUCACUGCCCGGGGUAUUGUGGGGUUGGAGAUCUCGCCAAGCGGGAACAACUCGAAUACUAAAGGCAACACCAAGAGCUUGCACAGGGAAAUGGGAGUGGGAGGGCGUCUGGCAGCCCAGCCUUAUCACUGGCUGCUUAAUGAGCCCUACAAGUGCAACGAAAGUAGUCCCUUUCUGGUUUUGCUAAUUGCUGCCGAGCCAAGGCAGUUGGAGGCAAGGAACGCCAUCAGACAGACCUGGGGCAACGAGAGCGUGGCCUUGGGUUACGGGUUCGUGCGGCUCUUUCUGUUGGGAAGGAUACCGAAUGCUUAUCCCCAGAGCUCCAUUGAGGAGGAGAGCUUACAGUACCAUGACAUCAUCCAGCAGGACUUCUUGGACACCUAUUACAACCUUACCAUCAAGACGCUAAUGGGCAUGAGCUGGGUUGCUCGCUAUUGCCCACACGCCCGCUAUGUCAUGAAAACGGACAGUGACAUGUUUGUCAACACAGAAUAUCUCAUCCAAAAGCUGCUAAAGCCAAACAUGGCACCUCGACAGAAUUACUUCACAGGCUACCUAAUGAGAGGCUAUGCUCCCAACCGCAACAAGGACAGUAAGUGGUACAUGCCACCAGAGCUGUAUUCCAGCGAGAGAUAUCCUAUCUUUUGCUCCGGGACGGGCUAUGUGUUCUCGGGGGACAUGGCAGCGAAAAUCUACAAUGCCUCGUUGGGCAUUCGUCGCCUUCACCUCGAGGAUGUGUAUGUAGGAAUCUGCCUGGCCAAACUGCGGAUCGACCCAGUGCCACCACCAAAUGAGUUUGUCUUCAACCACUGGAGAGUGUCGUACUCCAGCUGCAAAUACAGUCACCUGAUCACCUCUCACCAGUUCCAGCCCAACGAACUCAUUAAAUACUGGAGUCACUUGCAAAGCAACAAGCACAAUCCUUGCCUUAACAUGGCGAAGGAUAAGAGCGGGCGACUGCGCCAUAGGAAGUUGCAGUGGGAAGGUCUUCGGUGAUUAGCCAGGGCUCAGGGUGCAGUAGUGUUACCACAGCAUGUGCAAAAUUCAGCAGUUUAUGAGGUAGGGAACAGCACAGUGUUUUUGGUAUAUUGUGAAUCAAAACUAUUUUUUUAAUUUCAGAGAGAUGUUAUGUAUUGUAAUCCUGUCUUUUUAAAGGGAAGUGAGAGACAUCUACGUGUGCAAUAUCUAGCAUGGAAAACAAAAACCAUCCAAUGGCGAUACCGCCAUUUUCAGGUGCCAAUUAACCGAGACAUAUUAAGAGGUUGCUGAACUUCCUCUUCAAGCUAACGAUCGAGUGGUAUUACUAAGGGCCAAUUUUAUCGAGAUCUUCACUGUUUCUGUAAGCAAAAUAAGAAAAAAAUCGGGAAUAUCAUAUGGUGGUGUAUCUGUACUGUGACGCAUUUGAUUCUCAAUUAUGUCCACCCCUGACAUUAUGAGAUGAUGUUGAUUUUUCUAUCUACCUACAACCUGCAAAUGGUUUACAGUAACCAAACCAAAUUAAAAACAGUAUGUGUAAAAGAAAAUAUAUGGAAUUUAAUUGCAUCAUAGAUGUCAGAUAUGAUUAAAAUAAUAUUUUUCAAAGCUUUACAAUGACUAAAUAUACAGGUCUGCCCUUGAUUAGGGCAAGUUAAAACUAUUUAUUAAAUGUAUUUCUUAAGCA